AAAUGAAAUAUUUGAUAUUUACACUCAACCUCAUAGUAAUUAAUAUUUUGACCCCUGUGAAUUGAGUUGUUUAGCAUUUUAUGAAUAAAGAAACUGUACCUUUAAAAGAACAAAAAAUAAUAUUUAGAAGUAGGAAUAAGUGAGUGAGUGUAGAUGAAGUGAAUGGUAUUAAUUUUGAAAGGAUAAGAAAAAGAUGAAGAAAGAAAGAAAGAAACGGUGGAAGUGAGUAUAAGCACGUGGAGGUGAUUGGGCAAUAACGUCAGCAUUCACGAAAAUGGAACCGAACCUUAAACCUCACCAUUCCACUUCUUUGUCUUUACUCAUUCUUUGCCGACCCGCACCCAUCCUCAACGAAGGAAAGCACAUUCAACAUUCAAACAAUAAUAACCUUAAUUAAACCCCUUGUUGGGGGAAUUAAUUUAGCGCAAAAACAGAGGAGACUUGGUUGGUGGGACGACGGAUGGAAAUGGUUUCCAAGGAAGCUCAGAUGUCUAUUGCUGCUUCCUCUAUGUUUCCUGGUUUCAGAUUCUGUCCCACCGAUGAAGAGUUGAUUUCUUAUUAUCUUAGGAAGAAAUUGGAUGGUCACGAAGAGAGUGUUCAAGUUAUUUCUGAGGUUGAGCUUUGUAAAUAUGAACCUUGGGAUUUACCAGCCAAAUCAUUCAUUCAAUCAGAUAACGAGUGGUUCUUCUUCUCAUCGCGUGGAAGAAAGUAUCCAAACGGUUCACAAAGUAAAAGAGCUACUGAUUGUGGCUACUGGAAAGCUACCGGAAAAGAGCGCAACGUGAAAUCGGGUUCAAACGUCAUAGGGACGAAGCGAACUUUGGUGUUUCACUUAGGUCGUGCACCUAAAGGCGAAAGGACAGAAUGGAUAAUGCACGAGUACUGCAUCAGUGACAGGUCUCCGGAUUCUUUGGUUGUUUGUCGCCUCAAGAAGAACACAGAGUUUCGUCAGAACGAUGCUUCCAAUAGAGCCUCAUCAAGUCAUAUGAAUGCAGUUAAUUCACAUGAAAGUGAUUGUGCUGCUUCAGAAGGUGGUAUUGAUCAAAGGGGUGUCUGUGAACAAGACAAGGAGGUUGAUGGUAGCUCCAAGCGUGGCAGCAGCAGUUAUGGUUCUCCUUCAAUGGAACAAAUUGAUUCCGUGUCUGAAUCAAAUCAGCGACCAGCUAAUGACACUACUUUGACAGAAUCUUCCGGCCACCUAAAGAUGGAUGAAGAGGAUUGUUAUGCAGAGAUACUAAAGAAUGAUAUCAUAAAAUUAGAUGAAUCAUCAAUGUCUCAAGGGGCUCAAACAAGACCACCUGACCCUGCCAAUUCUCAACCCUGCCAAGGCACUGCGCAACGAAGAAUACGAUUAAGGGUUGAGAAAUCGACGCAUUCUCAACCUGGAGUUCGUUUCUCAAGAACAAUGCAUCAGUCCAAGAGUAGCUCCUUUGCCAGAAUGACCAACCAUUUGAUGAUAUUUGCUUUCUUUGUUAUUGCUCUGAUGGUUUUAUUUUUUUGGUCUUUAUUGGGUGGUCACAAACAAAUGAAAUAUUGUGUGAAAAUAUUGGGUGUAAAUUGUGAUUACUUUGGGUUACUAUCCACGUCGUCACUUUCACCUCCCAACACCAGGAAAAACCCAACCGAUUCUCCAAACUUUCGAAAUCAGCGCGUGCGUUGGCCGCGCGUCACUCUCUCCAUUUCCAUAUCCGAGUUUCCAAAAUCACUUUCUCAUUUCCCCCUAACCUCUCCCUCAGAGGAAAGAGGGGGAACUCAAACUCCUCACAGAUCGAUCAUGAAUUUAGCAAGUUUUCUCCUCCACACCAAUUCAUUAGUAGUCAUGUCGAGGCCUAUGUUGCUUGUUUUCUUGUUGAUUAUACUUAUAAUCACUUCCCAGUUUGAGUGGAAGCAACAGCUUGUGGCCGAUGUUGAAUUGAAUCCCGCUGUAUCUCAAAAGCAGCAUCAUAUUUCUACGGCUGAAGAAACCGUUAAGGAGAAGAUUAUUUUAGUGCAAGAGAAGAAUAUCCGAAGACUGAAUGAGCUUGUGCGGCAUCUUCAGGAACAACUGCAGCAGUGUAAAGGAAGCAAUGGAACUAUAAAUAGUACUGUAGGCCCUCUAACUGAGCGGAUUCUUGAGCUUGAGCGGCAACAAAUUUUAGAGGAUUAAAAGCCUUUGCAACAUGCUAAUGAAGCUAAUCUUGAUGCUCAAGUUGUAAAUUUGUUUCUUAAUUCCUUCAAAAGGAAUUGUUGUAUGUUGUAACAAAUAUGCUGCUACCUGUAUGAAAUACAAAUUUGAGCUCUAUCUCAAUGUGCAUUUUUCAAUGAAAAAUGCAGUGUUUAAAUAUUCUGUUCACCCAAGAAUAACAAAAUAUUGCCGGCCCAUUUUUUUCAGAUUAGAGUUAACUUCAAGAUCAUGAGAACCUUGGUAAGAGAAUGGGUUGAAAAGGGAAUGUAGCAAUGCUAAUGUAAUGUUGCAAUAUUUGCUAGUAGAUUGCUGGCUAGCUGUGUUAUUAGUUUCUUACAGUGGAGUUAAAAACAUUAUUGGAUGUACGUUCAACAAGAAAUCCCCUUUUUAUUGUCAUUUCCUUUUUCCCUUAAUUUCUCGUGCUUAAACAAUACGCACUAUUUCUUCCUAUGUAUGUGUUCCAUUUGAUUGUAAUGGAAGUAUUCGAUUUCUUUCA